UCCUCCUAGCUCUCUCCUCAAGCUGCACUGUGCCCUGCAACCGAGCAACAGGUAAACACGGAAGUAACGCAGUUGCUUCCAACAAAAUUAAACAUUUUUGAUAAUUUGACCGUUAUAACAUCUAUUUAAUGAUUUUGUCCAUAAAUACACAAAUAUUUAACUUAUUUAGUGAGGUCGUUAUUGAGCGUUAAAGUUUACAGGACAAUGUAUAAUAAACCGUCUGGAUAUCAGUCUCUACCGCAACGAGACUCGAUCCCGGCCAAACCGGGGUUGUUCGUGGCGACAGAAAGCUUUGUCCAAUCUCCAUUCCACCAUCAUAAAGGACAAGGACAUUCGUUUGACUACAUCCCCAAUGUCAGAGACAACGACUACAGUGACUCCACUCAGGGAUGGCUGUCCUGGAUCUGCAAUGUUAUUGUCUGCUUCAUGGUCUAUAUCUGCACCUUCAUAACCUUCCCCUUAUCAGGCUGGUUCGUACUGAAGGUUGUCCCUAACUACCAGCGCAUCGUAGUGUUCCGUCUGGGCAGAGUACGUCCUCCUAAAGGGCCAGGAGUGGUGUUGGUUCUGCCUCUUAUUGACCAGUGGCAGAGAGUUGACCUACGAACUCGGGCCUUCAACAUCCCUCCAUGCCAGGUUACUACCAGGGACGGAGGUGUGGUGUCUGUAGGAGCAGACAUCCAGUUCCGUAUCUGGAGCCCGGUGAUGUCAGUGGUGUCGGUUCAGGAUCUUAACGCCUCCACACGCCUCACUGCCCACAACGCCAUGACAACCAGCCUGGGCAGGAAGAGCGUCAGGGAGAUUCAGACUGAGCGAAUCAAACUGGGAGAAUACCUUGGGAUGGACAUCAAUGAGAUGACCAAGCCGUGGGGUCUGGAGGUAGACAGGGUAGAGCUGACUGUAGGUGCUGUCCUGAAGCCCCCGGAGGACUAUCCAUCUGGGCCUGGCUCGGUCAUCCUACCCCCCUCUAUUCCUGGUCUCGAGGGCCUGGCCGGACCCAUACAACAACUGGCGAUGCACUUCCUGGGCAAUAUGACUGGCGGUAACACUGGAGCUCCCCUGGUUAGGACAGAGGACAGCAUCAGCUUCACAGACGAGGUGAGCAGUGCUCCCCUGGCUAUAAGUCGUACCGGAGCCGGGGACGUAGCUGUAACCAGGCCCAUGUCAGUGCUGGGACUGAUGGAGGGCCUUCUCCUCUCAGAGUCUCUGGUCAGUCAGGUGGGAGCCUGCUUCCUGUUCCUCCUCCAAUCACCUGAUGGACAACAGACAAGCUAUUACUUAGACCUCAGCCAAGGUAGUGGUUCAGCCGGACCAGGUCCCCCUCCAGAGGGCCAGGUACCAGACGUCACCCUCAGUAUGACGGACCAGGACCUGCAGGCUAUGUUCGAGGGAACCCUACGACCCUUCGCAGCCUACACCACUGGACGACUCAAGGUCCAGGGAGACCUGAAGACUGCCAUGAAGCUGGAGGAAGUCAUCAAGCUACUCAGGCCUUAACCACUGGCUUCAGACCUGUCUUUAUAUAAAUACCAGGUCCUAGAAAUACAUGGUCCUGACCUUAACCACUGGCUUCAGACCUGCCUUUAUAUAAACACCAGGUCCUAGAAAUACAUGGUCCUGACCUUAACCACUGGCUUCAGACCUGUCUUUAUAUAAACACCAGGUCCUAGAAAUACAUGGUCCUGACCUUAACCACUGGCUUCAGACCUGUCUUUAUAUAAACACCAGGUCCUAGAAAUACAUGGUUCUGACCUUAACCACUGGCUUCAGACCUGUCUUUAUAUAAACACCAGGUCCUAGAAAUACAUGGUUCUGACCUUAACCACUGGCUUCAGACCUGCCUUUAUAUAAACACCAGGUCCUAGAAAUACAUGGUUCUGGCCUUAACCACUGGCUUCAGACCUGUCUUUAUAUAAACACCAGGUCCUAGAAAUACAUGGUCCUGACCUUAACCACUGGCUUCAGACCUGUCUUUAUAUAAACACCAGGUCCUAGAAAUACAUGGUCCUGACCUUAACCACUGGCUUCAGACCUGCCUUUAUAUAAACACCAGGUCCUUGAUAUAAACACCAGGUCCUAGAAAUACAUGGUCCUGACCUUAACCACUGGUCUCAGACCUGCCUUUAUAUAAACACCAGGUCCUAGAAAUACAUGGUUCUGACCUUAACCACUGGCUUCAGACCUGCCUUUAUAUAAACACCAGGUCCUUGAUAUAAACAUAGACCCAUCUCUCUGAUGUUAUGGGUUUAAAAAGUAACAUUAGUGACAAGCAUGUCCAUCUCUCCUGGCUCAACGUGGAAGAGAGAUUUGACUUCAUCACUACGUGUUUUUGUAAGAAGUGUUGACAUGCUGAAUGUACUGAGUUGUCUGUCUAAACUACUGGCACACAGCUCAGACACCCAUCAUACCCCACAAGACAUGCCACCAGAGGUCUGUUUAAACUACUAACACACAGCUCAGACACCCAUGCAUACCCUACAAGACAUGCCACCAGAGGUCUGUUUAAACUACUGGCACACAGCUCAGACACCCAUACAUACCCCACAAGACAUGCCACCAGAGGUCUGUUUAAACUACUGGCACACAGCUCAGACACCCAUCCAUACCCCACAAGACAUGCCACCAGAGGUCUGUUUAAACUACUAACACACAGCUCAGACACCCAUCCAUACCCCAUAAGACAUGCCACCAGAGGUCUGUUUAAACUAGCAGCACACAGCUCAGACACCCAUCCAUACCCCACAAGACAUGCCACCAGAGGUCUGUUUAAACUACUAACACACAGCUCAGACACCCAUGCAUACCCCACAAGACAUGCCACCAGAGGUCUGUCUAAACUACUGGCACACAGCUCAGACACCCAUCCAUACCCUACAAGACAUGCCACCAGAGGUCUGUCUAAACUACUAACACACAGCUCAGACACCCAUGCAUACCCCACAAGACAUGUCACCAGAGGUCUGUCUAAACUACUAACACACAGCUCAGACACCCAUGCAUACCCCACAAGACAUGCCACCAGAGGUCUGUCUAAACUACUAGCACACAGCUCAGACACCCAUACAUACCCCACAAGACAUGUCACCAGAGGUCUGUUUAAACUACUAACACACAGCUCAGACACCCAUACAUACCCCACAAGACAUGCCACCAGAGGUCUCUUCACAGUCCCCAAGUCCAGAACAGACUAUGGGAGGUGCACAGUACUACAUAGAGCCAUGACUACAUGGGACUCUAUUCCACAGUACUACAUAGAGCCAUGACUACAUGGAACUCUAUUCCACAUCAGGUAACUGAUGCAAGCAGUAGAAUCAGAUUUAUAAAACAAAUAAAAAUACACCUAAUGGAACAGCGGGUACUGUGAAGAGACACACACAAAGGUACAGACACAUGAUAACAUUCACACUACUAUACACACACGUACACAUGGAUUUAGUACUGUAGAUAUGUGGUAGUAGUGGCCUGAGGGAAGACAAUGUGUUGUGAAUUCUGUAAUAAAUGUAUUGUAAUGUU